CAGCAAUAUCAAAGUGCCCUGUUUUGGGCAGACAAAGUAGCUUCACUAUCUCAUGAGGAACCACAAGAUAUCUACUGGUUGGCCCAAUGCCUUUACCUAACAGCUCAGUAUCAUAGGGCAGCACAUGCCCUUCGAUCACGUAAGUUGGAUAAGUUAUAUGAAGCGUGUCGCUACCUUGCAGCUAGAUGUCACUAUGCUGCAAAAGAACAUCAACAGGCGCUGGAUAUUCUUGAUAUGGAAGAGCCCAUCAACAAAAGGCUUUUUGAAAAGUACUUGAAGGAUGAAAGUGGAUUGAAAGACUCUACCACAGACUGGGAGAUGUCACAAUCCUCUAUCAAGAGCUCUAUAUGCCUUUUACGAGGGAAGAUCUAUGAUGCUUUGGAUAAUAGAACCCUAGCAACAUACAGCUACAAAGAGGCCUUGAAGCUCGAUGUUUACUGCUUUGAAGCAUUUGAUCUUUUAACGUCGCACCAUAUGCUGACGGCACAAGAAGAAAAAGAACUUCUUGAAUCUCUACCUCUUAGUAGACAAUGUACAGAAGAAGAACAAGAAUUGCUUCACUUCUUGUUUGAGAAUAAAUUGAAAAAGUAUAAUAAACCCAGUGAAACAUUGAUUCCUGAAUCAGUAGAUGGUCUUCAGGAAAACCUGGAUGUGGUGGUAUCCUUAGCUGAAAGACAUUACUAUAACUGUGAUUUCAAAAUGUGUUACAAGCUUACUUCAGUAGUGAUGGAAAAAGAUCCUUUCCAUGCAAAUUGUUUACCUGUGCAUAUAGGGACACUUGUGGAGCUUAAUAAAGCGAAUGAGCUUUUCUAUCUUUCUCACAAACUGGUGGACUUGUACCCAAAUAAUCCUGUGUCAUGGUUUGCAGUAGGAUGCUACUAUCUCAUGGUUGGCCACAAAAAUGAACAUGCCAGAAGAUAUCUCAGCAAAGCUACUACACUUGAGCGAACGUAUGGACCUGCAUGGAUAGCAUAUGGACAUUCAUUUGCAGUUGAGAGUGAGCAUGACCAAGCCAUGGCUGCAUACUUUACAGCUGCACAGCUCAUGAAAGGGUGUCACUUGCCGAUGCUCUAUAUUGGACUGGAAUAUGGUUUGACCAACAACUCAAAGUUAGCCGAAAGGUUUUUCAGCCAAGCUUUAAGCAUUGCACCUGAAGAUCCUUUUGUUAUGCAUGAAGUUGGAGUGGUUGCAUUUCAAAAUGGAGACUGGAAAACUGCAGAAAAGUGGUUUCUUGAUGCACUGGAAAAAAUCAAAGCUAUUGGAAAUGAGGUAACAGUUGAUAAGUGGGAGCCUUUAUUGAACAACUUAGGACAUGUCUGCAGAAAACUCAAGAAAUAUGAAGAAGCACUGGAAUACCAUCGACAGGCUCUAGUAUUAAUUCCUCAAAAUGCUUCUACUUACUCUGCCAUUGGCUACAUACACAGUCUAAUGGGCAAUUUUGAAAGCGCAAUCGACUAUUUUCACACGGCCCUUGGUCUUAGGAGGGAUGACACGUUUUCAGUCACGAUGCUUGGACAUUGCAUAGAAAUGUAUAUUGGUGAUUCUGAAGCCUACAUUGGAACAGAGAUCAAAGACAAAUUAAGAUGUUAUGACUUUGAUGUACACACAAUGAAGACAUUAAAGAACAUAAUUUCACCUCCCUGGGAUUUCAGAGAAUUCGACAUAGAAAGACAAACUCUGGACGAAAGUGGCAUAGUAACAUUAGAGACCUCGCAUCAAAGGAAAAGUACAGAUACCAGUCGCCCAUUGGAAGAAACAUUCGAGAUUGAAAUGAAUGAAAGUGAUAUGAUGUUAGAAACAUCAAUGUCAGACCACAGUACGUGACCAUAAACACUGGUAGAGAGCUCAUUUUGUCUAAGUGUAUUAUGUUUGUUUUAGCGUUUUUGUUAUGGUGUUAUACUUUCAAGAAUUUGCUAUUUUUAUAUGAAUUCAAACUACUACUCUGUACUCAACACCGGAGAAAUAAUGCUUGCCUUAAGGAUGAUUAAAAAGUAUACAUGACGGACUAUUUCUACAAAACUGCUCAUACAUGAUGAAGUGAAAAAUAAAUUCACUUUUUUUUAA